AUGCGUCCACAGGAACUAAUCCUACUUCCAUUUUUCUGUCCAUUUCUUUUUGCCCUCUCGACUGUCCUAAACACCAUUGACCAAAACAACGAUGAUGUAGAGAGUCUUCGUAGCCUGAUAUUUGCACCGAACUCAGGGGAUUCAGUUGCCGCAAUAGAGGUCUUUCAAUCCUCCGUCUGCUCUCCCGUCGACGAGCAACUUCAGCGGCAAUGUUUUUCAGAGCUGCCAGCCGAUCGAUAUGAGAUUCUCGAGGGGUCUCCAGUGCGAAUGCGGUGUCGCGUCUCACGGCAGCAAGGCAAAGCUCAGUGGAGAGCUCACAAUACUCUUCUUGGAUAUGAUAGGGAACUUCGAAAUUGGCCAAAAUAUUCUAUGCAGGGCAAUCCAGACGCUGGAGAGCAUGAUUUGUUCAUAUCCAGUGUUUCCAGUGAAGACGCUGGGAUCUUUGAGUGUCAGGUCACACCUACAGCCAACCAGCCUUUGUUACGACGAAGUACGAAUCUCUCCGUCCUCGUUGUGCCUUCAAAGCCCGUAAUUCUUGCACCACCUGGCGAUCCUCAGCCCACAAAAAAUGGCCAACUCGUUAUAUCUCGACCCGGAUAUUCUAGUGAAGGUCUUUCCAAAGACCCUUCAAACGCUAAUGACAAGUUGUGGUUAAUCUGCCAAGCUCGAGGUGGCGUUCCCGCACCCUCGUUUGAGUGGUUUCAUAAUGGAAUGCCCGUUCGGAACAGUUAUAUGGAAGGUAAGGAAACGCGCAGCGCGGAUUCCUUUGCCUCCAGUGGAGGAGGAGAUGGCGAGGCUACGUUGGUUAUACCAAAGUCUGAUUUAAUCACUGGCGAUCGACUCACCUGUCUCGUCAGUAACAAGGCCACCCAACGAGCUGCGAACCUUGGACAACAAAAACUACUCGCCGAAAUCAUUGUAACUGUCCAAACCCCACCGGGAGCCCCUGUCAUUCUCUCGCCGGAAGGACAUAUAGUGGAUUCAAUGGUAAAAAAUGAGGGUGACAUUGUGACGCUGACAUGCCAAUCAAAGCCUCCUGGUUCACCCCCUGGCGAAUUGAUUUGGCGCUGGGAGCACACCUCCUCCCUGUCCCAAAGCCCCUUUCAAAAUAAUGCCGGUGAUCCUACAGCUGCCUUUUCUAGUACUACUGAACUGGCCAAACUGCCAAGUCUUGAGCAGUACUCGCGACAAAACUCGGAUCGGAAUCAGCUUGAGAGUCAGCUAAAUUUGCCCGGGGUUAAGCGGGCUCAAAAUGGUCUCUACAUCGUCUGCAUUACAAGGCACAUGCUCGGAAUGGAGCAAAAGGCAAAAAUCUUGCUUAAUGUCAAAUAUACAUUUUCUGGUGUUUGCAUUCACAAGCAGGAGAUGGGAAGUGGUCAGCACACCAUACCUGGGAUACAAGAUAAAAUAAACGAAUGCACUUCUUCUCAGUCCUCAUCAUCUUCACCCACUCCUCGUAUUCUUUACGUGCACCCUGAGCGGAAACAAAUCUUCUCGUGUUCAACAACUCCAUUCUUCGGUCACGCGACGAUAAAGUGGUAUGGCGCUGUUACCGCUAACGAUGCGGACUGGUACGAUCUCACCAAUUUGACCUCCAUUGCGGAACUAAAGCGAGGAGGGGUUAAUGGUGGAAGUUACAUCAAAACGGUGUCACUGCGUCUGCCACCCGCUAAUUCAGUGAGGAUUGGGGCACUGCAGUGUAGGGGGUAUACGUCUGUCAAUGCGGAUCCUAACGCACAAACUAACAUUGUGGAUCAGGUCAUGCUGAAAUCAUACGAAGCUCCACAACGUCCUGUCAUUCGGGCCGAAUCGGAAAGAGAGGGCCUGGAGGAGGGUGACAUUUUGAAACUGAAAUGUGAGGCAACCGAUGGAGAACCACACGGAAGAAUCUCUUGGUUGAAAGCCACACGAGAAAACACCGAUUACACGCCAAUUUACCUUAUUUCAACAACAGAACACGAUAAACGCGGAAAACGUAUAUUUUCUAAUCUCGACAUUCAACUCACGGCUGAUGACCACCUCUCUUCAUUUAAGUGUGCCUCAUCGAAUCCCGGUUAUCCUGUUUCCGAGGCACAAACGAGCGCGGCAUUUCACGUCAACCUGACUUUCCGCCCUCAACACAUCCGCGUCGAUCGUCUGACAGAAACUCACAACAUACCUCAAGAGGCUCCGGAAGGAGACCCACCAAAGUCAAUAACAGUGACAGCAGGCGAACUGCUGUCGUUAAUGUGCACCGCUGGUCCCGCCAAUCCUCCUGUUCCGUUGCAAUGGAGGCAGAUCAUCUGUGGUUCAAAUGAUGAUGCAAACCAAAGUGUGCUUCUCGACCCCUCUAGUUCGAUGAAUGGCAAAACGCCCUGUAAAAUCAUCAACAAUUUUGGGGAUGCGAAGGCACUGCCGCUGCUACGUUCUCGAAUGGUUUCGAGAAGCCAGGUAUCCCUGUUGGUUCAGGCUCACCACCAUCAGAGCCGAGUGGAAUGCUCCACUCUUGGUCCUGAGAAAUAUGACGAGCACCCAAACUGGAGUGCCAGACCCCUGGAGAAAACAUCGAGGCUUAAAAAUGAUGUUCUCUUAAACGUACUCUUUAAGCCUAACUUUUCAAAUGUGCUUUCCAAACUGAAUUCCUCCACCUCAAAGUAUCUCCCUCAAUACGUCACAGUGGAAGGUGCCAGCGUAGAACUUGACCUCACGCCCUCCUCCAAUCCCCCAAUAAUAUCGGCGAGGUGGUUUCAUGGAAAAUUUGACCCCCAAACCCUUGGCCGGUGGGUGGAGAUCACAGAACGCCUGUCACUGCCGUCUGGAGCACCGGCACAAUUAAGACUGCCUCGUGUCGGAGUGGAGCAUAUGGGAAGCUAUAAAAUCACGGGGACCAAUUCUGUCGGCAGUGCGGAUCUAGUUUUCUUCCUCAAUGUUACGCACGCACCUCGUCUAAUUGGAGAGCCUUUGAUUAAUGCCACAACCAAGGGCAACGAGGCCGAACUCAAAUGUCGUGUAAAAGCAAACCCACCUCCAAACCCGAACUCUGUCUACUGGCGAAGGGUUACUGAUGAGACACCAAUGGCCCAGAACUAUGCUUCUACUAUGUCCAGCAAAGUUUCUUCUAACGCGUCCCCCAAAAGUCAAACAACUCUUCAGAAACCUUUCAUAAAUGGCCUGAGAUGCAAUCAGGAAUUUAUAGCUGGAAGAGCAAAAUACUACGUAAAGUGCUUCACGCCUGAGCCCUACCACCUCGUAAGCACCCUUCACAUAACUGACGUCGAUCCCGGAGAUGUCGGUCGAUAUGAAUGUUUCGUUGACAACGGAAUCGGUUCCCCAGUGGUGCGAUUUAUCGAUCUAAUUUACCCUUUUGCUCCUCGAGUUCUCCAAAUCGAGAGGUGGAUGCGCGCAGCUCCAGCAUACGACCCUCCUAAGACUGCUUUUAACCAGACCCAAAUAGCUUCUCAUUCACCAGUGCCUCCUACUUCAAUCUUUUGCAUGAUUGCUGCAGAACCUGCUCCAACAGUCACGUGGUUUAGGGAGCCAGCAAACUUAACAUUGGUUGAAGGCGGUCAGUUUAAAUCCUCCGUUAGUAGAGUGCACGCAGGACGCUACCGAGCUUUGCUCAGCAUUGAAUUUGUGAGGCGAGUGGAUUUUGGCAGCUAUUUUUGUCAGGCGACAAACACCAUGGGAGUUGAUAUCGGAAGAGUGCUCCUCGGGCCAGCUUCACCUCCCGGGAAACCUGGAAACCCCAUUUUGCUAAAGGCUACCUCCUCCUCACUAACUAUUGGCUGGCAACAAGGAUUUAAUGGGGGUCCCCCACAAACCUUCGUUGUCAAAUGGGCUCCGAACGAUGCACCAGAUGCCAUGCAAGCCACAGAGACCAAAGAAGACCUGAUGUCGGAAGUAAUGAAACACACAAUUGAGAAUCUCUCUAAAGCCACAACGUACCGCAUCUGCGUGUCCGCUAAAAACGCCCUUCACAAAGCUUCACCUGCUACUGACUACCUCAUCGCAUCAACCACAGCUGCCGCAGACCCACCAGAAGAGGCAAUGCGAGACGAGGCUCAGGCUGGCAGUGGCGGCUGGAGGCCCAACGCGGGACAGAUGGCUGGAGUGAAUUCCCUCAACGAAGACGGCGAUCCUGCAGCAAGGGGAUCGUCUCCGAGCAUCUCUAUGAUUAUCACGAUCGCCACGUGCUUUGGGUGCCUCAUUUUUAUUACCAAUCUAAUUAUCGUUGGCCUUGUGCUUCAUCGAAGACAUCAAAGAAAAAGCUCCAAACUCAAACGGAUACCUGGGACAGAUAGUUUAGUCAAAUGUGGCGUGAUGGAUGCAUAUCCCACAGCGGACUGUUACCCAGACCGAUUCCUAAACGGACAGCACGUUUUUGGACCGUACUUGGAUUCCGCCAGUCAAAAAGACAGUCUCAGUCAGUAUCAAUUUGAGCAUUUUACCCAGUGUUCACCGUCAAUGCCGGCAGAGUACAUAUCCUCAACGGGCUCCUAUUUUCCGCGUGACUCACCCCUUAACCUUUUCACCAACUCUCCCGCCAUGAUCACCGCAGCCGAGCAGCAUGCAGCUGCAAUGCAGCACCACGCACAACAACAUCGUUUAAACUCCCAAACAAUGUCGCGCUCAAGUUCCCCUCUGCACUCUUCUCGUUCCCACGGACUCCAACCGCCCACCACACCCUCGUCUCUAGAACACCCGAGUCAUUUGUCCCACCAGAGGCAUCCAAGUUUUACCACCAGUGUCACUGGCUCUUACCCACAUGAUCAAUCCAUCUAUUUAGUCGCUGCGCCGAAUCCUCACCGGUACUUAGCGGAUGAUCCUCUUGGAGCUGCUGCUGCUGCUGCCGCGGCACUCUACGGCGGUCUUCCUCCACACCACCCGGGCACGGUGUCACCACACUCCCUCACUGACAAAUCAGUCGGCGGAGUUUCUGAGGGUAGAGGAGGAGGUGCUGGCAGCAGUGGAUUUGGAGGUGGAGGUUCGAGGGUUGUACAUACCGGAGCCACCACUCUCGGCUACUAUUCUUCACCAAGAAUGAUAACGAGUUUUUAUUCACCUCCAAGAUCAGACCUAAAUGGUGGAAUAAGUAACAACCUGGGAUCCCAGUUGCCAAAUAGUUUCGGCCAGGUAUCUCGAAGAAAUUCAUCGUUUGCAUCACCUGACCGGGUUUAUCCAGUGGAGAAUGCCACACUCGAAAGAAGCCCCAAGCGCCCCAUUGUCAGCUUCACCAAUGAUGGAUGCCAGCCCUUAUUGACCCAAGUCACCGACAUGGACGCCGUAAAUGCAGUUGGAGUGGCAAACGACUUGACCAUAUCCAGCGACCUCGCAGCCACCAUCCCGCCACCCACUGAUUUUGGACUUCCACCGCCUCCAGUACCAGUAGCGACCACCAAUAUCGAUAGCAGUCCUUCACCGUAUCCUUCCUCAUCCGCCACUGCAGUUAGGGUCACAAACUCUCCUCUCAGACAGCAACGCUUUGGUAUCUCAGGAGAGUCUGGAAUUGAAUGGCUGGGGUCCCAGUCACACCAUCCAGUCAAUGGGUUGGUGCGUGGCGGUACUAUACAACAGCAGACUCCACUUAAGAAGCCGCCAGGCGUUCACUUUGAUACGAACAUGUAA